CGUCCAGACUAGACGCUGAUUGGCUGUUGGUGAGCACUCCUGUCACUGAUUGGCCUGUGAACGCCUACAACGCUUGUACUUCUUUGUGCACACGAGUGAGUCGUUAAUGUUUUUUGUAGGCUAACAACAACCACUAAAGAACAAGUAAAAACAUGGCAGGAGAGAAAUGCGCAUUUGACCAAACUUUUUCUUUUACUCCUCUUACCUCCAAGAAGCUUUCCUUCCUACAGGACCGAAAUGUCUUACAACUGUUGAUGAAAUGGUCCAUGUUGGGGAGGAUUUCGGUUCAGUCUUACAGCUUUGACCAGAGCUUUUACCCUUAUAACAGUGAACGGUUUGCACUGUGUUUCUUCAGAGAUCCCAAAGUCAUGUCCACCCUGAGAAAGAUGGAGGCCGGAGCCUGGGUUCCUCUUGACAAGCCAGUGGUGUCUGUGGAUGUGGAGGUGGUGCCAUGCACUAAGGUCUCCAUGGAGCUGUUUGACCCAAUCUACUCUUGUGGGAUCUUGAGGCCCUCUGGACAUGUGGUUAAAUGCUUUCAUGAGGUCUACCCCGACUAUGAUGAACUCAGACAGAUGUUGCAGAAGGAGGAAUCUGAGCACUACUAUGUGGUGGGGAGAGAAGAGCGAGGAGAGCUUCUGUUUCGCCUCUUCAAGCACCUGUGUUUGGGAGGAGAGCUCUGUCAGUACGAAGACACCAUCGACCCGUACAUCAGCACCACAAAGCAAAUCUACAAAGAUCUGAUCAAUGUUCAGAAGGAUCCAGAAACUAAGAAGAUCAGUGUUGUCUCCACAGUCCUCAAAGUCUGUGCACAUGAUGAGUCUGGAAGAUGUUUCCCUGGUAAACAAGAAGAGGAGCAGACGUUUGCCUAUUUGAUUGUCGACCCCUUCAAACGACACGUGACUUUGUUUUACCACUGCUACGGUGUAGGGAACUUCACAUUGUGACAAUGUGAAGUGUAGAACUUGUCAGAUAGGGGACAUGUGUGUGUAGAAACACAUGCGCUCAGACUGCCAUAGCCAGAAAUCUGUUGUACACAAUGAAUUCCAAGUUUGAGUAACAAAUGAGAAGGAUUUAUUUAUAUUUUUGUUCUAUUAAAGUAUGUCAAUAAUAUGUUUUAAACAGCA